AUGGCUGCUGCUCCUGACAUUGACCAGUACAAUGGCGCAGUCUGGAGAUCAGUUUCGAAGAAACCUCCAAAACACUACAAAGUGAGCAUAACAUCGUUUUCAAGUCUAAAAUCAACAGAAAAAUAUGAAUCUGGCGAGUUUGAGGCCGGAGGAUACAUGUGGAAACUAGUGCUCUUCCCCAAUGGAAACAAGAACCGUGAGGUGAAAGAUCACAUCUCUCUCUACUUGGAGUUGGGUACACAAGAAAAAAUAAAACCCGGCAAGAUUGUAACAAUUGAUUACAAGUUGUUUUUACUUAAUCGGCACAAGGGGAAAAAGAGCUACCUGGUUCUUGAACAUUCGAAUAAGAAGGAGAACAAGUACUGUAUUUAUGGCACCAUUGUUGGUGGUCUGGCUGGUUUUGAUCGGUUCAUCCCUCUCAAAGAUUUUAUUGAUGCAUCAAAUGGUUAUCUCAUUGAUGACACUUGUGAGUUUGGAGCAGAGGUCUUGGUUUCUGAAACGACGAGAAAAAGCAAAGGAGAGUGUUUCUUCAUGAACCUCAACAGUACGGGUGAUAUGUACAAGCAUGUUUGGAAGGUUACUAACUUUUCAACGUUAGACGCUACAUGUCAUUACUCAUUACCAUUCACUGCUGGAAACCAAAAGUAUUGCGCAUGGACUUUGAGGCUUUAUCCCAAUGGAGAUAUCAGUGGAAAGGGUAGUCAUGUUUCUCUUUAUUUGGGUUUGCAUAAUCCACAUGAGCUUCCUCCCGGAUUGAGAAUACUUGCGCUAGUUACUCUACGCAUUUUGGAUCAAAUCAAUGGCGACCGGUAUACUACUCUCGUUGAAGCCCUCUGGUUCGAUCGGAGGUCUAAUUGGGGCAAUCACCAAAUUGUUACACAAAAACAAAACGCAAGGAUGUCAAUGGAUGAUAGUUGCCUAAUUGAGGUCGAAAUUGCUAUUCAAGGACUUUCUAUGCCAAGAACUUCUACGCGCCGUCGGCCAUGGAAUUUUAAGUUAUUCAAUUAG